UUUCCGCGAACUGUUUCAAGGCGUCUUUCAACGCGCCGGUUGCUAAGGAAGUAAGGAGAGGCGGGAUCGGUUCGGCCUGUAGCAGACCUCUGCUAUGGCUCUGUAGCCUUCUUCUGGUAAUUCGUCAGGUUUGACCCGUGUUUUUUCUUGGAGAGAGAAGGGGAGGAAGAAAGGGAAUCUCAUCGUGAUUUUUGCACCUAUCUAGGUUAAAUAUAGCAACAGCAAAGAUCCAGUCCUUGCAGCGGCUAACUAAAUAAACAUGUAUUGGUGUGCGUGCUGCUCAGCGAUAGAUUGCAUUGAGGAGUCGUUAGUGAGCUUGGUUACUUUCUUGCAGAUGUUUCAUUACCCAAACUAAACGUCUGCAAGAAACAACCAAGCUCAUUUCAACUCCGAGCUUACACUAUCGAUAGAUUGCACUAUACAAUCUUCCCCAAUCCUGCUUAUGACAUUUGGGCGGUCAUAAGCAGAACAAAAGUGGACCCAAGCUGGAUCAAGUCUUCGUUAACUUUAAAAACCCCAGUGAUUGUCAAAGUUUGGCAUAACUAUAAAUGUUCCAUAUCAAUCGUGAUAUUUCCUGAUUUUUUUUCUGGAAGAAUUUUCUACAUCUGUGUGAUGAAUGAUUUUAUAGAUUAUUAAGAAUUUUAAAAAUAUAAUUAGCAUUUUUAUAAGUAAUUGUAGCAGAUGGUUAGGUACUUAUAGUCAAAUCUAUUCUGUUUCUGGUUACAACUUUUUUUGCAAAAGGUUCCUCCUGUCUGUGUGUCUACCAUGUUCUCAAAGUCUUUGUAAAGGAGAAGCAAACUGUAACUUGUUAGUGCCUUUGCUUAGUUACACCAAUGAUAGAAUGAUGGCAAAUUAGCCUUAUUAUAAGAGGCUUUAUUUCUGAUAUUUAUCUCUAUGUGUUUCUUUCAGAUAUUUAAUAUUGGAGACAAGCAGCAUUUUUCUGCUGUUUUUUGAGAGACACCUGGCUAUAUAAGACUUACCUAAGAGUUUGUUCAUAAGAUUUGAAUGGCUGCUCUUCUCACACAAAGUGAUGCUGGAUGGCAUAUAGUAAAACCAGUAAUUAAAACAUUCUACAAAAGCAAUUGAAAAAACAGAUAAAACCAAACCAAACAAAAUGGUUCCAUAAUUUUUUAAAAAGAUAACCUUAACACUUGUUUUCUAAGCAUUUAACUUCAUAAACAACAGGAGCUUGAGAUUCUGGAAAUUAUGAUGGAACUGCGAAAAGCAACUACAACCACUAUUCCUAUGGUAUCCCACAUACAACUGGCCAAAACUGAUACAAAGCCCCCACAGAUACAGCUGCAGUUCAGCCGGAAUGCUCCUGCAUUGACUGAAAACCUGUCUAUCCACUACACCAAUCCCUGUCCAAUUAUCAUAGAAAAGCUGAAACAGCCAGCAACUCAACAAAAUCAAGGUGCUGGUGAUGGAGCUGAUCUAAGGGACUCUGUUGAAUUCUCAGUUGUAUCUGAAGAGAAGCUCAACCUGGCUGUUCAGUUGGCCAGAAGGGAUGUGAAAAGGAAGCACCUGCAAGAGCAAGUGAAGCAGCAUCUCGCCAAGAUGAAUAAGUGUCCUGUGGGAUGCCGUUGGGGAAAGGAAUCAGGGAAUGCUGCAGUGUUGAAAGCAUCUAAGUCCCACCCGAAAUAUGAACACCCGCUUAGUAACCCUUCUAAGAUGGAGAGGAACAGUACUGGAGCAAAAGUCCUCCUUUGUGAUCCAAGUCAUGUCAAGUCAGAACCCGCUUUGUCUGAUUCUCCCCCAACUCGGGAUCCAGGACCUGGGCCCAAAAAAGAGGAAGACAAAUGUGCCGUUGAAAUCAGAAGGCUGCAAAAAGAGCUUCAGACUUACAUUCAGAAAAUUGAAUUGCUAGCAACAAAAGAGAGAAGUGAAAUAUGUCUGGAUCCUGAGGAAGAACGCCGGGUCCAUAUUCGGAGGCAGGAACAAACUGUGCGCUCUGCCCGAAUGCUCUACGUGCUCCAGCAACAGGUAAAACAAAUCCAAGAAGAUCUGGAGAAGCUGAGUCCCCUUAAAAUUAAACAUACAAAGAAGUCACAAGCUAUGGCCAAGUUGGCAGCAGCUCACAGAGGUGCCAUCCGAGCUCUGCAGAUGUUUGUCUCUCAUUUUGCUGAUCAGUCAGAGCAGCAGUCUGCUUCUGCGCAUUGUAAAGAGCUGGGCAAUCUCAUCAGGCAGCUCUCUCUCUGUUCUGCUCGCCUUGAGAUGGACUCAUCCAUUCCUGAUAUCAUCAUAGACCUGCUUCUACAAAUUGAGGACCUGGACUCUAUGUUGUCCAAAAAGGAGUCUCCCAAGAAAGGACAGGAAUGGUUCUCUACCUCUCAAGCUGAUGCACCAAAAAGUACCAACAGAUUGCCAAAAAAGCAAAAGAAAUCUUGUGUGUUGGACCGAAAAAAGUCUUCAGUGGCUCGGAAACUUCUUCCCGAUGAAUAUCCAGAAUCUGCAAUCCUGUUACCACACAAGAAAAUCAGUCACUGCAGCACAAGAGCCCAGAAAGACGUACUCCCCAUUGAGCGAGGGGCAGUGGCACAGUGCAAGGGUGAGACCGUAGGGCGAUCAGGACUUUUGAAAGCCGGCUCUGCUUCAGAACUGAAAGCAGGGACUCUGAUGAAGAAGAGAGGAGGCUUGUUUUCCAUUAGACCUCAGGGUAGUUGUCGACCUCCCAAAACAAAAACAGUGCAGCCUGUAGCCAAACAAGCUCGGUUUCUAGAGCCCACCUUUGCAUUCCGGCUUAAGGAGACCAAACCACCCGUCCGAGAUAAUAGGGUCCCAUGGAUGCCUCCCAGUGUCAAGUCUCCCCUCCCCUCUGCUCUGCGGCACCUGGAGAAAAAUCCUGAAAAUACAGAGCCAUCUCUGGAGAUAGAGACCAAGGAACAAGAAAUACCUGAGAAAGAAGUGCCCAGGAACAAUGGUGUUUCCCCAACAGAGAAGGUAGAGCAAGCUGAUCCUGAGGAUCUGGAGCUCCUCUUGGAAAAAGGACAGGAUGCAACAAGCUUACCAGGUAUUUCUUUGGAGGAUUGCUAUCUGGAACAGUGCAAGAAGAUGGAACAUGUGGCUCUUUCUGCACUCAGCAUGUCUGAUCUGGAGACAAUGAUGAAGAGGAUGGAGGAAAUAGAGCACUACCAAGAAGCUGUACGCAGACGAUACAACCAGAUUGCUUACGCUGAUGUUGAUUUCUGGGUCCAGGAGAGCAAAGAGGAAGAGUCUGUAGUGAAAGACCAACAACCUGGGGUUGUUCAUCCCAUCCAGAUAACUAAACUAGAUAAUUACAAAGAGCCACAAGUAGCCAUUGUGAUGGAAAAACCCUUGGAUGCCAGUGCUAUUGAUGAAGAGCUGUCAGAGCCCAGGAGUGGGACUCUGCAGUCUUUUACACAUCGCAUCCCCCCACAGAAAGAAUCUGGCACUUUCCUCUCAGUACCGAAACGUGUUCUCCAAAGCCUCUGUGAUUAUGAUGCCCGAUACCAGCAGCACCUGAAGGGGAUUUUCCUUGAGGAGGUGGGGCAGUUUAACCCUUGGAACAUUGCAGAGAGCCUGGCAGAGGAGCUGACAGAGGAAGUGUUGACAGAUGUCGCAGCUGAGCUCCAUGGCUUCUGUGAGGACUAUGCAGAAGCUGUCUUCACUUCAGAGUUUUUACAGGUGGCUGAGUAAGGGGCCUUUUGAAGAACACUGAUAAACCGGGCCCUCCAAUGAAUACUGUUUGGCCAAAAGAUUGAACCUGACAAAGACCAGUUCUCAGGAAUGAAAUUUGACAAUUCAUGUAUUACUGUACUUUCUAUGUUCCUUCUUGGGAAGGCUGGUACUGAUGGGGAGCAUUCACUCCAGAAUCAACAAAUAACGCUGGGAGAAUUCUGAUUCUUGAAAGCCUGAAAAAAACCUUCACUGUUCCUUUGAAGAGAUGUUAUGCAUUCCAAAGCACCUUUUCCCCAAUCAUGUUCAAAGCAUGCGCAGCCUUACUGUCCAUUUCGUGAUUCAUUUGGGCUGAGUAUUUGACAAAUGAUUCCCCUCCAAAGUUCUGUGUCUUAUAGAAAGGGUCACUAGUUUCUUCGCUGAGUUCUUACAGUGGCAGCCAUCUUACAAGGAUGCUCAUUACUCAAGGGCUGAAUCCAGUUAGUUCAGGCAGUGACAGAAAAUGCUAGCUUUGUAUUGUGGAGAGCUCAUUCUUAAGAGAUAUUGCAAGCUCAGCUCCUGGAUUCUCUACUGCUGAUGUUGAUAACAUAGUACCUCAUUUUACAGUAUUUCAGAUAAUGAAAAAAAGUAGGUGUCCAAUACCUGAAAAAGUUGCUGACCUGAGAUUCUACUCCAGUUUUUGUGAAAACGAAUAAGGUACUUCUAAAAUGUCCACGAAUCUGUGAAAAAUCUGCUUUUAUCUUGUCAGUGGCUCAUGUCAACAUGGAGGUUUGGUGAAUAAUUUCCAAUGGCCUCCAUAUUGCCAGGUUGAACUUUGGAAGUCAUUUCUGUUUCCUUUCUGGCUCAACUUGAUUUCAGUGAGCCUUGUUUACAUUUUCUUGGGGUCGUGGAUCAAAUAAUUAUUUGGGGUUCCACUUGAUCUUGAUGUCUCUUCCUAUUGGGAUGCUCUCCUAUCAUUUGUGGUUAGUCUGCUGUAUUUCACUGUAUAGAAGGAAGAGUUAUGCAUGUAUAGCACCGGUUUUAAUCUGAAUUGUCCCACUGAGAAACUACUUGAGGCUGAGACAAUAGGGAGUUUCCUUAAGCCAGCUUCUUUUGAAAAUAAAAAAUUAAAUAUUUAUUUUACUGUUGCUGUUUGACUAGCCAUACUUAUUUUGUAUACAGUCCAAAGGGAUUUGUACAAUAAAUCAAUGCAAUUCAUACUUGAUUACUUUGUUUUUGUACAUAUACAUUAUUAAACCAGCUUAAUAUUCUUAA